GCAUGCCGAAACAUUUCCACUGUGUGAAGCUAACAGACACAGACAGAAACAGACAGACAGUCUGUGGUUUGCUGCAGACAUGGCCAACAUUGAAGUGUUAAACAGCAGGUUCAGCCUUUAUGACAAAAUGUACAGCCAUGAGUUACGAGAGCACAGCUUUGCCGACUGGCCUUUCAGAGCAGAGUGUAGCUGCACACCUGACAAGAUGGCCAAGGCCGGGUUUGUCCACUGUCCCAGUGAGAAUGAACCUGAUGUCGUUUGCUGUUUCUUCUGUCUGAUUGAGUUGGAGGGCUGGGAACCAGAUGAUGACCCAUGGACUGAACACAAGAAACGUUCCCCUAACUGUGGCUUUCUGACCAUGAAGAAAGACUUCACUGAGCUGACGGUGGCAGAGUUCUUCAGCAUGGAGAAAGAGAGGCUGAAGAUCUACCUGAGAAAGGUUUCUCAUAAGAAGAUGGCCUAUUUCAGGGACGAGAUAGACCACAUCUUAGAGAGUCUAAAUUCCCAGCUGGACUCUCUGUGACUGUUAUUAAUCUCAUUAAUUUAAUACUCCGAUCUCCCCUAAUGCCACUACAAAUUAAAUUAAUAAAGCUUUGCUAACUUUUUACUCAUUGCUUGCAGUAUUGUAUUGGACCGCAAGGGGGUGCUUUAGCAUUAAAGAAUUGAUUUCC